AUCACCUAAAAACUAAAACUAAAUUAAUUCGAUUGCACAUAAAAGUUAUUCUGCAAAAUUCUCUUUCAAAUAUGAUGAAACGUCUUCGGGUGUCCGCCGAAGGACUAUCUCGGAUGCAGAGUGAGUUGAGCCGAAUGCGAGGAGCCUUCGAUACCCAUCAAAGGCAACGUCAGAGGCACGCUGUCCAGCAUCACCCAUCAACCUCGGAGUUCGCCAGCCAGGCACCCAGCACCACCACGAUGCAGGCUCGUCUCCACCGGCACCCAGAGCCUGUGCCACAGCCCACGCCACGGAAAAGGGUUAAGUCCGAUAUGCAGAACUUGGCCGACAUAAUCCUCCAGCAGGCUCAUCGCAUCGAGAAGCAACAGCAGGAGCUGCACUGCCUCAAACUCCACUACGAACGCCAGGUGUCCACCAUCAAGAGUAAUGCCAAGAUGCUGGAGCAGCAGCUGGAGAAGCUGCAGAGCAAUGUCACCAAGAGCAGGGCCCAGCAAUUGGGCAACCAUUAUCAGGAGAUCUUCGGUGCUGUGAAGAAGCUACAGAAAUGUGGACUCGAUCUUUCCCAGACGCAUACCAUUGCCAAUCAUUUGCUAACCAAUUUACUUACCAAUCAAAAACACUAGGAAAGUGAUAGUUAAAUUUAUUAACCCAUCAGGAAAACUAGGAAAAGGAUAAGGACGUGUAGCAUCCUUAUCCCUCUCCUAGUUUUCCUGAUGAGGUUAAAAGAAGUGCUGGUGAUGCCAUAACAAAAUUUGUUAUCUCCAAAUCAAUAUAGAAAUUGUGAUCGUAGUUCCCUUCGGGAAACCCUUCAAACAAA